AUGUGGGYGCUCCUGCCCGACACGCAGCUGGGUCUGACCCGCUGCGGCGCUGCCCGGCUGGCGCAGGGAGCUGCCGUUAUUCCAGCGGGAGAAGGGCAGCCCCAGCGGGACCUCAUGGCUCUCUCCAACUACCGGGACGGAGCCUGCAGCGAGGCCGGGCCGGCCUCCACGGGACAAGCGGAAACGGCCUCGCGCCGCCCUAGCGGAGCGGCCGAGCAGGCCGGGCCGGAGGCGAAGCGGCCGCGCGCGCAGCGGCGGCUCCUGGUGGUGCUGGAGGGGGCGAGUCUGGAGACGGUGAAGGUGGGGAAGACGUUCGAGCUGCUGAGCUGCGACCGGCACAAGGCGCUGCUGCUGCGGAGCGGCCGCGACCCGGCCCAGGUGCGGCCCGACAUCGCGCACCAGAGCCUGCUGAUGCUCAUGGACAGCCCGCUGAACCGGGCCGGGCUCCUCCAGGUCUACAUCCACACCCAGAAGAACGUUCUCAUCGAGGUGAACCCCCAGACGAGGAUCCCGCGGACUUUCGAUCGGUUCUGUGGCCUCAUGGUUCAGCUGCUGCACAAGCUGAGUGUGCGAGCCGCCGACGGGCCGCAGAAGCUGUUGAAGGUGAUUAAAAACCCCGUGAGUGACCACCUGCCUGUGGGCUGCAUGAAGAUCGGCACCUCGUUCGCCGUGCCCAAAGUGUCAGACCUGCGGGAGCUGGUCCCCGCAGACGAGCCCGUUGCCAUCGUUGUGGGAGCUUUCGCCCACGGCUCGGUCAACGUUGACUAUACAGAAAAGAUGAUCUCUAUCAGUAACUAUCCUCUGUCUGCUGCCCUCACCUGCGCCAAGAUUACUACUGCCUUUGAGGAGGCCUGGGGAGUGGUAUGAACCUGGACCUCUGGCUCUUGCCGUGCUGGACUCCUUUACAGUGACUCCAGGUUCUGGAGGGGCUUUUUUAUUCAGGCAUGGACUCGGUGCAACCUUCAGCUCCUGGAAGGGAAAAGGCUUCAAUUUCUUCUUUGUAGCUUUUGGAGCAAUGAGACUCUAAAGGGACUGCCCACUGUCCUUGUCCUCCCAUUA